ACGGGGAUCGCUGAUGGGCCUUCCCUUGCAGAGUCACCCAGUACCCUACCCAGAGCCGAGUUGAAAUUCAAUGGGACAUCUUGACACAGACUCCGCGCUGCAUUUAACGGAGCCGAAAAGUCCUCGUAUAUAACGAGCUGGCCUCUCUUUCAAGGUGCAGGUCACUGUAUAAGUCAAGGACAGAGUGCCGCCAUUUCGAAAGGCAGACGAAACGCCCUAUAGCAAUGAAGACCACUCUUCAUCUGUGAACGACAAUACCUUACUUUACCCCCUCAACCCACCGUCAGUCACUGUUUACCUCCAGUCGAGUUCCCGACCAAGUGAUGCAGUGCUAUGGUAGUUCGACAUGAGUGGCCUCGAUGCAGCCGCAGGCAUUGCAGGUCUGCUGACCCUGUCCUUCGCCUGUUUGCAGGGUUGUAUCAAAGGGUUUACCCUGCUACGCCGAGCGCGCAGCCACGACCGUGAUGUCGCGGUCGUGAGCUUGAUGAUCGAGCUUGAACAGCACAAGUUUCAGACAUGGGCCGAAGAAGCUGGUCUGUUUGAGGACCCGCCGGACCUGCGGGUGAACGCUCGAGAUGCCCGGUUCGUGCCCAAGAUCCUGGAGCAACUGCAGACUCUUCUGCUGGAUGUCAACGGGCUUAAGAAACGAUACCACCUGGACAUCAGGGUGGGCUCUGAAAUCCUAGACCUCAACGAGGCCAAUUCUGCGGGCUCCAGGCUACUUCCGCAACACCGAAAGAGCCUGUCCGAAUUCUUCGAACACAAAACAAGGUGGAGGAAGUGGACAUGGAUCGCCUUUGAUGAGAAGAACGUUCGCGCCUUGAUGGAGGAUGUCAAAGUCUUGGUGGGCCAGCUACAACAGUACCUUGACCACGAGAGGCAGGUCAAGAUGGAACAGGCAUUCGACAUCUUCCUGCGAACAACCGUCGUCAAGACUGCCAACGAACAGAAACUAGGUGUUAUCGGUCACGAUCGCAAUCACUCUUUCUCCAAGGGGGCUGUCCCCGCUGCUGCUCGUUUGAAAAGACAAGGUCUCCUUCUGGGGGUUACUGAUGCAUACACAGACAGUCCCUCAAUCAACCAACGGCCGGAACCUUGGAGGACCUCAACAAAUAGAGACACGCACACUUCUCUCUCCAGCCCCUCGAUCGCAUCAUCGCCUUCAUCCUCGUCCAAGUCGAUGAGGCUGAACUCGAUGGAGCUCGACUGCCCAUCGCCGCCGCCCGAGGGUAGUCGGUACUUCGCUUGGUAUGCUCGUGAGCCGGUACUCCUCGAGUGGAAGAGCGGUGGUAGAGGCAUCAAGCUCCCGCUCCUCGAAAAUCGGGUGGACCGGGUUUCGGCGUUUUUGCACGAGCUUGACUCGUCCUUUCACAGUUUACCUUGCCGUGGCUAUAUCAAAGAUUGGGCCGUCAAGAACCGAUAUGCUUAUGUCUUCGAUCUUCCUUUCAGCGUCUACCCUCCGGCAGCGCAAAGAAGCCCGGUGGAGAGGCAUAUGGACCAACCUUCGUUGCCCAGUAUGCACACGUUGCGAGACAUGCUAGAACGACCGAUGGGAAUUCCGUCACUCAAUCUCCGACUCUCCUACGCCAUUACACUCUUGGAGACCUUGCUCCAAAUCCAUACUGCCGACUGGCUGCACAAGGAGCUUCGGUCGAACAACAUCCUCUUCAUUCGAGGACCGCAAUCGGACAAUGCAUCCGAUGAAGAUAUUUUACUUUCUCCGAUAUACGUCGCGGGCUAUGUCUAUGCAAGAGUAGACAGUCCGGAUGAGCUCACGGAGCCUACGGAGUCGGACUUUGAAAACGACCUUUAUCGCCAUCCGCAGUCAAUGGGUAGCUCUAGGGUUUCGUAUCGCAAGAGCUUCGAUAUCUUCAGCGUCGGUUGCGUCCUGCUUGAGCUCGGGCUGUGGAAAAGCCUGCCAGACAUUCUGCGGAACGGGUCUAAGGAUGUGCGAAGUAGUGGGAGCCUGUCGAAUGCCGCCUACAAGGGUCCGCGUUUCUCCUUUUCUUCCCCGUCAGCCACGCUCACGCCGAGAUCUUCGUCCCACUCCAUCAGCAGACAGAGUCGUGAUAGUUUGAGGGAGAGGCAGAGUCAUGAUUUGAAGCUGCGCAGGAGUAUUCGCUCGGUCGACCGAGAAACCCGUGACGACAGCCCAGCGCCUGCCUUUGACCUUCUGGAAUUGCGACAUCAGCUGCUGCUCUCCCACCUGAACGAGGGGCAGAGUCCUGAGACGGUCGCGACGCGGCGUACUUCAUCCAACGACAUUUUGAAUGCGUUGAGAGGGGCAGCAGGCAUGGGAUAUGCAGGAAUAGUAGAGAGCUUCCUGCGGGUGGUGGAAAACAUGAAGGCAGUGGAAAGCGACACAGAUCCUGCGGGACCCGUGGAUGAGCAUGAAUAUGCCCUCAAGCUAGAGAUGGAGUCUCUCAACACGCUCAGGGCCAUUGCAAAAGUCAUUUGAGGCAGCCGAUAGAGACAUGUAGGGGUUAUCAAAUCCCCCGGCCCCUGCUUCAGAUGGCUUCAGUCUAGCUAUAGUGGGUGUUUCAG